AUGCGGUUCACCACCUGGUGUUACGUGCGAGACCAGCAAGGGGGGAUGGUUGGGGGACAUGGUCAGGCGGCGUUGGAGGGGCGACUGCUGUCGCUGUGGAGAAGUGUGAUGCAGGUGAGUGUGAUGCAGCGCAGUGCAAUGGUGCUUGUGUGUGAGACGAGUAAGGGGUGGCUGGUGGGGAGGGUAUGGUCAGGCGGCGUUGGAGGGGUGGCUGCUGUCGCUGCCGAGCAAUGUCAUGCAGGUGAGUGGGGUGCAGUGCGGUGUAAUACGGUGCCACAUGGUGCAGCGUGUUGUGUGCAAGACGGGCAAGGCAAGGGGGGGUGGGUGGGUGACGUGUCAGCAUUGGAGGGGCGACUGCUGUCACAAUGGAGCAAUGUCAUGCAGUAUGAGGAUCCAUCACGCCAGGCCAAGGCACGCUCGCUCAUUCCCCUACAACAGCUCGAGGAGGCCGCUGCAGUCUCCCUUGCUAAGCAAGGCCAGUACCAGCCGUCAGAGGGGGACUUUCGUGACGCGGUGUUGAGGCAGCUGCUGGUCUGGUUCAAGUCCUGGUUCAGAUGGGUUGACUCCCCUCCAUGCCCCAGCUGCCACACCCCCACCUGUGCCUUCCACGGCAACGGCACACCUUCCACUGACGACCUGCAGUGGGGGGGGGAGCGAGUGGAGCUGCACAGGUGCAAGCAGUGCGGCACGGUGGCUCGCUUCGUGCGGUACAACGACCCGGCCAAGCUCCUGGACACCAGGGAGGGCCGCUGUGGCGAGUGGGCCAACGCCUUUACCCUCUGCUGCCGGGCUCUGGGCUAUGAUGCCAGGCAGGCAGUGGAUUGGACAGACCAUGUGUGGACUGAGUGCUACUCACAUGCCAAGCAGAGGUGGCUGCAUCUGGACCCGUGUGAAGCAGCCUUUGACACGCCACUGCUCUACGAGAAAGGGUGGGGCAAGAAUCUGACGUACGUGUUCGGAGUGGGGAGGGAUGGGGUUGCUGACGUCAUUCGAAGAUACACACUCCAAUGGAGCGAGCUCCAGCACAGGCGGACGGAAGCAUCAGGGGCGGCUGUAGCAGCGGCAGUGGCAGCAGUGACAGCAAGGGCUCGAGCCAGCCUUGGUGUGGAUGAGAGGAGGCGGUUGGAGGAGAGGGAUGCGAGGGAGAGAGAGGAGCUUAGUGGAGUGAGGGGAGGAGGGAAGGAGGGAGGAGGGGUGGGAGGGGAGAGGGAUGGUGUGGUGUUGGGAGGGAGGCAGACCGGUUCUGUGGAGUGGAGAGCAGCGAGGGGGGAACUGGGGUUGGAGAAUGGUGAGGGUGAUGGGGGGGACAGGGGGAAAGAGGGGGAGGAUGGGAGGUUGGAGAGGAGGAUGGUGGAUGGGCACUUGGGUUCCCUUCUGCUUGCUGUAGGGGACAUGUGUCGUGAUGUUAUUGGCUCUCCAAAUACUGCGAGUGGCAGCGAUGGGAGCAGCACCCUUAGUAGCAGCGAACAAGGAAGCAGCAGCAAGCACGGCAAUAGCAGCGACACACAAGAGAGUCCAAUCUCCUCUGCGGCACCCCUGCUAUCCCUCCUGACUGCCAUGGGGGUUCAGAUCUGGAAGGAGGGAGAGGAUGAGGGGAGUGAAGGGGCGGGGUGGACAGUCGGGGUGAAGGAGUGUGAAGCUGAAGGAUUAGAGGGGGCCAGUGCAGAGGCGAGGAAAGAAAAGGGGGGAGUAGUGGUGGAGGAAAAAGGGGUGGGUGGGUGGAGGUACGGAAAACGGGCUGUGCUGGCAGCUGUGGCGUUGCAGGCAGCACAGGAGGUGCUGCCACGUGUCAAGCAGGCAGUGGAGAAGAUGCGGGGUAGGAGUGGUGGGGAUGGAGAUGCGGCGUGGCUGCAGGGAUUGGUGCAGCAUGAGAGGGUGUGUGGUGGCUGGGUGUCAGCUGAUGGGGAGAACGCACCCAACGAGAUGGUGAGAGGGGUGGUGUGGCUGUAG